UCCUCUGCGACCCCUCUCUCGCGCACUCCCUCUCUUCGCCUCGCCCUGUUUCAUUCCCGAACUGAACCACACGCACACCGAACAGCUGUUAUGUGGUCCACCUUCUUUCUGCACGAAGAGGAUGGCAGGCCGGUUCCACCGGGGGUGGGCGUAGGACCAGGAGCAGGUCUACUGGGACUGACCGGUGUCAUGGGUGGCAGAGGGGCUGGGGCUGGUGCUAUGGGAGUUAAGCGCCGGGCAAACGCGUUGACAUCGAGACACCCAGGGGACAUGAGCGAGGUCCAGAAGGGCAAGAUCAAGCUGGCGUUCUUCGUGGCCAUCGUGGGUGUGGUAUUGACAGUCUUGGGCUUGGGCACAGAGUAUUGGGUGGAGCUGUCCCCGCCCAAGAACUUCUACAACAACCAGACGUGUCUGGCGGCUCACUACGGGCUGUGGAAAGGAUGCUCCCGGACUCUGUGGGUGGCGGACAUAGACCCUGAGCGAGAGAGCUGUGGGCCGGCUGAACUGCCAGGAGAAUCUCACUGCAACUACUUCAAGUUCUACACCACUGGAGAGAAUGCCGUCAUCUUCCAGAAGACAACAGAAAAGAGUCUGAAUGUGGCGGCAGCCAUGAUGGCCCUCUUCGGUCUCUUCCUGAUGGUCAUGGGGGCCAUAUGCAUCACCACAGCCCUCAGCAAAGGAGAAUCGUUCUUCCUCAAGCCUGCUUCGGUUUGCUUCGUUCUGUCAGGCCUCCUGAUGCUCCUAUCUCUUACUGUUUUCAACCAAUCGGUCCUCUCCUUCCUAGCCAGUGACCACUCGGUGCCUUUGCAUCACGAGCUGUCUUGGUCAGUGUCCUGUAUUGGGUGUGCAGGGGUCAUGCUUAUUUUGGGUGGAAUCCUCUUUCUCUUGCUUGCACUGCCAUUCAGUCCCUGGCGAAGGUGUUUUCCCCCCAAAAACGAAAGUGACAGCUAGUGAAGAGAAGGAAGUAUUGCACUUUAUCUGUAUGUCUUAUAACUGUUGUUGAGAAAUGGUGUCUUUUUCAGUUUUACAUUUUACGAAGAUGUUCCUCGUCAUAAAUGUUUUUUUCUCUCCUUAUUUUGCAUAAAUCAGUAGAGCUCAUUAACGGGACAUUAUACUGCUCUUGACCUAUGAAAGCUGAAUAAUUAACCAGGUUUCCAUUCAACAUUUUUAUGUGAGUAAAAUGCAUGUUGAAUAACAAAAUGUCAUGACAGGCGUGAAACAUAUUUUUUGAGGGGUAAACUUUCCAAAUGUCAACAAAACAAAAUAUGGUGGGAUCUUUCUUUGUCGGUAAAAAUGAAUUAUGCGAGAAAUGUCGGUGGAAACGAUUUUAACAAUCAUAUCGAGUAAACUUUGAGUCACGCAUUAACAUGUAGUGUGGUCCUCCCACUACGACUCGUCGGAAAACAUGCAGUCUAUUAGGCUACAGAUGAAAUCAUUUAUGACAAACUUCACAGGCUGGUGAAAGUGCAAGGUGAUGAGCUUGAUGCUCCUUUCCAAUAAAUAUUGAGGGUCUUAUUCUGGUGAACUGAUAAUCGAUGCUUGGCUGCCGUUUGACAAAUAAAAAAUAAUGUUGCUCUUUUGUCCAUAAUAAUGGUAGGCUAUAGGUGCGCUCUAGCCAACAGCGAAAUGCGCGUGCGUGGCUUCAAGCUCAAGUGACAAUACCAGUGUAGGCGAACACGCUAUAUACGCAACCUUUUUGUUGUUGUUGUGAGAAAACCAUCAGUAGAGUCUAAAAUGCGAUGGAAACCCAUUUAAUUUGUAUUUUUUAUUCGGUACAAGGGAAUGUAACAGCAAAAUGUAUUUUAUGUGCACUACUUUAUCACGCACAGCCUUUUAUCUUCAAUAAGUACAUUUGAUGGAAACAUGUCUGGUGGGAAAAUGCACAUAUUUGUUUUUAUGAACAUUUUAGAAUACUCACCUGAACAUCUGUCACCAAUUGGAAGGAAGCCUAGCUACUGACACAUAUCUUGGGAGAAUCGAAGGUGUUAGUUGACAGCAAAAAUAUCACAUUGCGUGUGCAAAAAAUGUCAUGUGCUGGUAUGUUCAAACAUCUCCCCAAGUGUGAAAUUCAAGUUAUUCAAAAUAAUAUUAAAUUAAUGUAACAAGAACAACUGUUUACAGUUGUUUUUUAAAAAUAUGUAAACAUGACUUCUUAAUUAUUUUUGCCAAAACUUUGAUGAUAUUGUGAUCGACAGUCUUAUCAGAGAGUAUACUUUUAAAGAUAGUAAUUGGAAUUCAGAUGUAUUACACAGAAAGUACAGUACAACAAUUCUAGAGUUUCUAUUAAAUAAAUACAUACACAAUCCCAUGAUAUUGUAAUGUUUUUACAACUGCCUUUAAUAGACAGAUACAGUGCAUUCGGGAAGUAUUCAGACCCCAUGACUUUUUACACAUUUUGUUAC